AUGCAGGACUGUUUAAUUAAGCAUGAUUCUCGUUCCAUAAAUCUUAAUGUUCAUCAACCGUGGGAUGAUGUUCUUGAAACCGUGAUGUCGGACAACGCCGGAGCAGUAGUAUCGAGGGCGUCUACACCUCGCCCAGUAAAUGAUACACCAGUAGCCGCACCUCUCAGGUCCAGACAUGACCAGUUCCUUGCUAGCUCAGCUGAGAGAGCCCAACAGAGGCCUUCCUCAAGUGGUCGAAAUCCUUCAGGAAGCUUUGAAUCACCGCCCCUACCUUACCAUCGUCAGAUGACAACAGGUUCCUUGCUUACCUCAUCUCACCGUGAAACCUCAGCCUUUGUACCAGUUGUACCAACACGGUCGAUGCACCCAGUGAUAUAUCCAAACGAAAUGCAUCCUGCAUUAAUUCCGUCAGAAAUAAUUGAAAGGGAAAGAAUGAUGGAUAGAGAGAGAACGGAACCGGCUAAAGGCUCCCCGGACAGAGCGUCUGGAAACUUUCCAAAACGAAAUUCAUUUGAUUUAAUGGCUAUGAUGGUAGAAAAGAGGAAGGAAGUGGCUUUGCGUGAGGCAGCAGCAGCAAUGCUACUUCCUCACCAUAGAACAUCUUCUAUCGAAGGCAUGAUGUCUGAUGGGUCUUCACAACCACCUAUUUACGGUCCUCCAGGACCAUUCCUUGGUGCACCUGGACCAUCGCCAACAGCUGCAGGCAGUUUUACUUUCCCUGGAGCUGGUUUAUUCCCUCCUGGAGCAGGUCCUCAUCAGAUGCACCCACAUCUAGACAGACGGCUCCUCAGAGCCCCUGGUCGUGCCUCAAGACCGAAGAAACAGUUUAUAUGUAAAUUCUGUAACCGCCAAUUCACUAAAUCAUACAACCUACUGAUCCACGAAAGAACUCACACCGACGAGAGACCCUACUCCUGCGACAUCUGCGGAAAGGCUUUCAGAAGACAGGACCAUUUGAGAGACCACAGGUACAUUCACUCAAAGGAGAAGCCGUUCAAGUGUACAGAAUGCGGGAAAGGAUUCUGCCAGUCAAGGACCCUGGCGGUUCACAAAAUCCUUCACAUGGAAGAAUCGCCUCACAAAUGUCCAGUUUGCAGUCGGAGUUUCAAUCAACGGUCAAACCUCAAGACUCAUUUGCUAACUCACACGGAUCAUAAACCUUACGAGUGCAAUUCUUGUGGAAAAGUAUUCAGACGGAACUAUGUAGGUGAAGAAGAUAUUGGUAGACCUGGAUCUCCAAUAGAACCUGGAUUUGAUGAUGAAGAUCCUGAUUUGUCAUCACCAGAGCAUUCCCCUGUAAGACGAGCGCGGUCCUCUUCCAUCGAAAGUAUCGGAAGAGAGCAAAGUGAAGAACGACCUCCACGACGAACGUCACCAUCUCCAGUGGAACGGACCCACUGCCACCAUAAUGAGCAGAGAGAUAGAGCAAGCCCUUACACUAUGCGGCCUCAACAUCAAGAGAAACACAUGCGUAUGCCUUCCGACUUGUAUGAAAAACGGCGGUAUACUUCGGAUGAGAUUAUAGAAAAAGAGAUGAGAUACAAUGAGCCUCCUGAACCACAGAUCAGACAUCCUCAGCUACAAAUACGCAGAGACCUUCAUCAAGUUGCACCUCCCGAUCCCAAUAAAAUGAGUCAAAUGGCCAGUCCUCCUAUAGAUCCUGGGCCUUCAGGCAUGUACUUGAGUCCAUUUAGAAAGAGAAGCCAUCCACCUGACAUUGGAGACAACUUUGGCUUGCCCAUGCCUCCGCCUCACCCCCAAAUGGCAUACGGUGCAGUUCCUCACCCAAUAUUAGGACCACAGCAAACGGUGGCACAAGAUUUAAUAGUUAAACACGCGCCUCCUAAAGACACAACUCCUGGCACUUCCACACAUGUCACCAAUUGUAAGGAUGGUCAGAAAGACCUUGAAGAAGGCAGUUCGAGCUUUAUAACAAGUGGAAUAAAGAACAUUGUUGGGAUACAACCACCGGCUAAUCCGAAGCCUGGAACGAGCUCGUCGACAGGACCGAAGAAAGGAUUCAGUAUAGAAGACAUCAUGAGACGUUGA